AUGGAAACUAACACUAGUAGCUCUAAUUCUGGCCCAGGCCCCUCUUUAGGUCCAUCCCCUAAUAUUCAAUCCGGUCCCGCCCCGUAUACAAACGGUAAAUCAAGACCUCCCCAGCAUUUACAGCAUAUUCAGCAGCCACAGCAGCAGCAGCAGCCACCAUUAGCUGGUCAACAGCGCAAUACUAUAGGCUUGGGAGUAGGGGGAGUGCCUAAAAAUUUGCGGUCUGCAUCCAACCCUAUUCAUCCAGGUGGCCCUUUUAUGCGACAGGGUACGCUUCCUGCUACAAUUAACGGCAGUGGUCAUGGAUUGCCAAGCCAUGAUGUUGCUCCCAGAAGCAUGUCAAUGACCACUAGCUCGUAUGCUAAUAGAAACAACUUUUACAAUAACAACGUUACACUUAGUGGACGGGUUAUUCCACAGCGCAAUAACGACAUUGUAAUCAACAUGAACAAUGGAUCUAAUGGUGGUAGUGGUUCUGGUGGAAAUGGACUUUUGGGUAAUAGUAAAGGAUCCAGCAGCUCGUUGCUAUCGAGUUUCAAAUCUGCUGGUGGUAAAGCUGCUGAUUUGAAUGGUAAACCACAACGGUCGACCUCAACAUCCAGCAGUUAUGAUGAAAACGGAAGACCAGUGUCUGGUGGAUACCCCAACAUGUCGAACCAUUCAAGUAUAGUUGCCAAUUCAAGAAAAGUGCCCUUGGUCUAUCCAGCUUUGCUGUCUAAGGUUGCUGAAGUAUUCCGUCAAAGAAUUGUACUUGGUGAUCGAGUCAAGAACGAACUGACGUAUAAAAACUCGUUUACUGGUGCAGAAGCUGUGGAUUUGAUUACUUAUAUUAUCAAAACGCCUGACAGAAAUUUGGCACUUUUACUUGGAAGAGCUUUAGAUGCGCAAAAGUUCUUCCACGAUGUUACUUAUGACCACCGGUUGCGAGACACUCACAAUGAAUGCUAUCAGUUUAACGAAAUUGUGAUUGAAGAAGAGGCUGCUAAUGAUACUAAUCAACAGGCUUUGGUCCACAAGAACUCGACUUCAUCAGCGCGAUCCACGAGCACAUCACACCGAAGUUUGUCACAGAAAUCUGAACACGGAGAAAGCAGCGAACCAGGCGCUACGUCUGUUGUAUCAGUAAAUGGUGUGUUUACGUUGCUGGCAGAAUGUUACUCGCCUACUUGUACCAGAGACCGUCUAUGUUAUUCAAUUGCAUGUCCCCGAAGAUUGGAACAACAAGCCAGAUUGAACAUGAAGCCACAACCGGGUCUUAAACGAGCUGAAAGUAGACUGUCGUUGCAUGGAGAUGAUGAAAAAGAACAGAAAUUGUGGAUCCACACAGUCGCCAAAGAAGUUGCUGAUAGCGUGGAUGAUCGGGAAAAGAAGCGACAAGAAGUCAUCUGUGAAGUCAUUUACACAGAACGAGACUUUGUCAAGGAUUUGGAAUAUCUACGAGACUUCUGGAUCAAACCGUUGCGCAACUCGAACAUCAUUCACGAGGGAAGAAAAGAACGAUUUAUACGAGCAGUGUUUUCAUUUGCCAUGGAAGUGCAUUUUGUCAAUUCCAAACUUGCUGAAGCUCUGACUAAACGUCAGCAGCAAGCUCCUGUGGUGAGGCAAAUCGGUGAUAUUUUCUUGGAACAUGUUCCGAAAUUCGAGCCAUUUAUUCGUUACGGAGCAAAUCAAUUGUAUGGUAAAUAUGAGUUUGAGCGUGAAAAGUCGACCAACCCGGCAUUUGUCAAAUUUGUCGAUGAAACAGAACGAAUGAAAGAGUCUCGUAAAUUGGAGCUCAACGGAUAUUUGACAAAACCCACAACUCGUUUGGCAAGAUAUCCACUGCUAUUAGAAGCCGUUCUAAAGCACACUGCUGAUGACAAUCCAGAUAAACAAAAUAUCCCUCAGGCAAUCAAGAUGAUUCGUGAAUUCUUGACCAGGGUGAAUAUCGAGUCUGGUAAGACCGAAAACAGGUUCAGUUUGAUGCAAUUGAACCAAUCACUGACAUUCCGACCUGGUGAAUACGUUGAUCUUAAAUUGACUGAUGAGAAGCGACAGAUUAUCUUCAAAGGAGCUCUUAAAAAGAGAACGGGUGAUAAGGACAAUCAAGGUGAUGUUCAAGUAUACUUAUUUGAUAAUAGUCUGUUAUUCCUCAAGGUCAAGAUUGUUAAUAAACGAGAACAGCACAAGGUACACCGCAAGCCCAUUCCUCUAGAACUGCUGAUACUGGCCGAGGGUGAAGAGAUCAUUCCCAAAUAUGGAGUCAAACGACAAUCUUCAUCAUUAAUCCCGACCACCAAAACUCCAUCAAAGGCCGAGUCUCAAAACAGGUUCCCAAUCACAUUCCAACAUCUUGGUCGUCGGGGCUACGAACUGACUCUGUAUGCCACUAAUUUCAUCAGUCGCAAGAAAUGGAUUGAGAACAUCGAAAACCAAAAAGAGGUGCUCAGCAAGGCUGGUGAUGUCUACAAAAGGUUCGCUUUGCAAUGUAAGUUCACUAGUCCAAGUGUACGUAUCAAUUGUAUGGCGCCAUCAGACGGUGGUCGAAAGCUGUUGUUUGGUACCGAGAGCGGUAUUUUCGUGUCUGACGUCAGAAUGACGCCUAAUGGACCAACUGCCACAGAUCCAAUCAAGCUUAUUACGAUUCCAAACGUUACUCAGCUGGAUGUUUUGGACGAGUAUAUGACACUGUUGGCUCUUUCUGACAAGUCUCUGUACUCUUGGCCACUCGAAGCACUCGAUCCUUCUGACCCAGGUGGCAACUUCAGAAAGGGUAAGAAGGUAAUGGGACAUAUCAAUUUCUACGAAGUUGGUAUUUGUUUGGGUAGAAUGCUUGUUUGUACUGUCAAGUCGAGUUCUAUGACCUCGACUAUCAGAGUUUUAGAGCCAUUUGACCCACCUUCACGGAACAAGCGACAAACAGCCACUGCGCCGUUAAGAAGGUUUUUGCAGUCGCAAAGUGAGGGUUUGAAGGUGUUUAAAGAGUUCUACAUCCCAUCAGAAACAUUAUCAAUCUCGUUCCUCAAACGAAGAUUGUGUGUUGGAUGUGCCAAGGGAUUUGAAAUUGUCGAUCUGUCUAGUUUAGAGACCCAAUCGUUGUUAGAUCCCGCAGACACAUCGUUAGACUUUGCUAUUCGACGAGAGUCAUUGAAACCCAACUCGAUCUACCGAUUACACAGCGAUUUCCUGUUGAACUACUCGGACUUCUCGUUUUUCGUCAACGCCAACGGCUGGAGAUCACGGGCGUCAUGGCUCAUCCACUGGGAAGGUCUACCCCAGCACUUUGCGCUUUCGUACCCAUAUCUGAUAGCAUUCGAGCCCAACUUUAUUGAAAUUAGACACAUGGACACGGCCGAGAUCGUUCGGGUCAUCACCGGCGAGAAUAUCCGAUUCCUGCACGAAUCGACUCGAGAGAUCCUGUAUGUCCAAGAAGACGAAAGAGGGUUUGACGAGAUCAUUUCGCUCGACUUCUGGGCCAAGACCGGGGACGGGAUCACCACCACAUCACUCUCAUCCACAACAUCAGUGACAUCCAACCCGUCCACUGUGGCAUCGACCGCAGCCUCGACCACCACAGUCCCUCCACUAUCGACGAGCACCUCGACAGCCACUCUCGUCGAGCACGCCGACGAGAGAUAA